UGAUACAGGCGGUUAAAGUAGCAAGAAAUUAAGCAAAUUAAAAUUUGCUUAAUAUGUGUGCAUGCACACUUUGCUGCUAUGUUACAUGUCGGUGCAUCCUUGUCACAUUCCGUUGGGAAUUGUUUACCCUUUUAAUCGGAAUAACAUUUCGUAAAGAAUUAGGUAAAUCCUCUUACUUAUUUCUGCUAUCAAACCUAUGUUCUUAGGUGAUUGAGGUGGACGCACGGGCAUAGCUGGUCUGGACAAGAGCUAAGCGUCGGCGUCUUCAACAAGCCGUUGACUGCCGAAGAGCAAAAUCAUGGCUGAAAACAAAACUGUUGCAUUCUCUCCACCGGCUGUCACCGUGGACUUUUUAUUUCCGAACGAGACUUCUUACCUGUCAAACCUGACUCAGCCCCACACCACGGCCUCCCCUGUUUCCCCUGUUCCCGGGCGGCCACACUUCGCUCCCCGGCCCGCGGCAGCCUUCUUCUUCGCCGUGAUCUCUAUAGUUGGGACGUUCGGCAACCUGUUGCUCAUCUUGGCUUUCGUGUUGACUAAGAAGCUACGGUGUUCUCUGGGCGCGUUCAUCACCAGUAUGGCGGUCAGUGAUCUCAUCUUUGCGGCACUUUACGACUCGCUCUCGGCUCAUGAGCUAAGCGUAGGCGGCUGGAAGCCCCAGCCAGAACUCUGUAAAGGUCUUGGGGCUAUCACGAUCCUCAGCGGAGUUCACUCACUCAUCUCCUCGGGCCUGAUUGCGUUAAAUCGCUACAUUCUGGUCACCAAGACGUCUUCAGUCUACAGAAUGUUUUUCUCCCCUGUUAAGUCAACUGUAAUGAUAGUGAUGGCGUGGACAAUAUCAUUCCUGAUGGUUACUCCGGCUGCAUUUUUCGGGUUCGGCGAGUUUGGAUACAACGACGCCACCAACACGUGUGACUUCGUGGUCUCCAAUCCGAACACCUAUCUGUACUUCUUCACCCUCCCCGGCGCCAUGGUGGUCGUGGCGAACUUCGUUUGCAUCACCUGCUACUUUCAUAUCUUCAUGACCGUGCGUAAGAGCACAGAAAAAUCCAAGCCGAACCAACAGCCGACAAACUCCCCGAUUGUCCCCAUCAAGGUCGAGGAAACCCAGCACAUGUUUCUCAUCUACUUGACAUUCCUGUCCACCACGGCCCCGUACUCUCUGUUGUACGUCGCGGACAAUGGCAUGGACGACCUCCCGCCGACAGCGUUCACUGUUGCCGCGAUCAUUUACGCCUGCAACAGUUCUCUGAACCCCAUCAUUCACACCUGGAAAAACAGGGACUACAGAAGAGCCUUCCGCGCCAUCCUGUGUUUCAGAAAGAGGCGAACCACUCACAUCCAGGUGGUCCCUGUGUAAAGCAGCACCACGCGACAACAAUCAAAGUACAGUACGUAUGAUUGAAAACUGCAUCACAAUAUCAUUAAACCACUGCUUUGAACUAUACUAUGUAUGUUGGCUACUAUUAAUUGGGGCAUUUUAAUAAAUAGUGCACAGAUUGUUCAUAUUGACUAACGCCCAGUAUUAAUAUGAACUUUGUCAUGGUGUAAUAUAUAAUACGUUCAUAUCACAUCUUUUUGUCUACUUGACAAUGUUCACUAUAAGUGUUUUGCAGUUUCAUACCUGUUAUUCCAAGGACAUUCUACAAGUAGAACGUCAUUGGUUAUUCUUGAUGAUCCAUGUAUGUAUGGAAUGUAGAGAUAAAGGUAGACGCCGGUAAAAUGUGUUUAUACUGGUAUUUGAGUCACACUACAAUAUAUUAUGAAAGUCUUAAUGUGGACGUGGUGAAACAAAUAGCAUGUUAAAGAUGCUACUGUAACAGUAAAUGAUGUCAUUAAUAAGUACUAGAUGCUGUUGAAUGAUUCGUGUCUGUGGCGGAUAUACUUAAUGUACAAAUAGUUCCAAAUAAUUAUGCUUUCUUUUCAUGUGGUCCAAGUAUUUGCACGUAAAUGGUUGCCUGUCCUGUACAUGUUUCGUAAAAUGAUAUCUGUAUGAACUAGUCGUACGGUCUCAAAUAGUAGCCAGUGUAGUAAGUGAUACGUAUAGCUUGUGUCGCCAUAUGGCUGUCUAGAUUAGCGUCCCUUAGUGAUCACGUGAAUAUCGUAGGCUUGUUGAAUAACCUUUUCAUUGUUCCUUGUUGACAUGUCUACAAAGAAAUACUAAACGUAUGUUGUCAUAUUAUUCAAUUACCAU